AUGAAACUGACUUUGGUGCUUUUGUUCUGCAUUACAGUAGUUCAAGCACAGUCUGAUGACUAUGAUUAUGGUUUUGAUGACACUCAGACGGGUCAGUCUGAGACACCAAGUGCUGAGUCACCAACUCUUGGGCCUCGUGGACACAGACCACAUGUUGGAGGCGAAAGCACCUACAGAAGAACUCAACCACUUCCCAGUGGUCGAAGAACUUAUGAAAGAAAAACGGGCUAUAGAAAUCAGCCCACUCCAUCCACACAACGAUCUGCCAUUGUUGAGGAGAGUAUAAACUUGGAUGCAGGAGGAUGCACUCAUUUAAAUCCAGAAAAGGGAACAUUGUGUCCAACUGGCUGUGAACUGAGGACUAGGCUUCUGAAGGAGGAAAAGAAUAUAAAACCAGCCAUUGAUAACUUAGCAGUGGAAGUUUCAAAUCUUACUCAGUCUACAAACACGAUGCAUGUUUACAUUGAAAAUGUAGAUCGUGAAAUGCAAUGGCGAGAAACACAGUACACAGGGAAUUAUAAAGUACUGGAUUCAUACAAUACAGAGCUGGAAAACCAUUUUGCAUUGAUAAAUAACACAGUAAACAACCGCAUGCUUUCAUCAACCAUCAAUACGAUGCAUUCUGUUUUGGAGAUUCUCAACCAGAAGCUGCGUGUUCUUAGAGGAGCAGUAUUGACACAAAUAGAUCACUGUAAGAUGCCGUGCACUGUUACUUGUAAUAUCCCAGUGGCAUCAGGGAAAGAAUGUAACGACAUUUAUGAGAAAGGUGGUACAGAAUCUCAAAUGUACUUAAUCAGACCAGACUCCUCUAAAGCACCCUACAAGAUUUACUGUGAUAUGGUAACAGCAGAAGGAGGGUGGGCACUGAUUCAAAACAGACAGGAUGGUAGUGUUGAUUUUGGCAGAUCUUGGGAUGCCUACAAAAAUGGAUUUGGCAAUAUUGCAUUCGAUUCAGGAAAAGGGUUUUGCGAUACCCCAGGUGAAUACUGGCUGGGAAAUGAUCGAAUCAGUCAACUGACAAGAUCUAAGCCCACAGAGCUCUUUUUUGAGAUGCAAGACUGGGAGAAUGAGCAACUUACAGCCCAUUAUGCCUCAUUUACUGUACAAAAUGAGGUCAACCAUUAUCGCCUGACAGUUAAUGGCUACUCAGGAAAUGCUGGCAAUACUCUUUUGGAAGGGGCUAAAAUGCUCAUCGGCAUUAACAGGACAAUGACAAUUCAUCAGAACAUGAAGUUCAGUACAUAUAAUAGAGAUAACGAUGAAUGGGAACCUGGAAACCCAGACAAACAAUGUGCCAGAGAAGAUGGUGGCGGCUGGUGGUAUAAUCGCUGUCAUUCUGCAAAUCCAAAUGGGAGAUAUUAUUGGGGUGGAAAUUACACAAAAGCUUUGGCAAAACAUGGCACUGAUGACGGGAUUGUGUGGAUGGAUGCAAGAGGAUCUUGGUAUUCUAUGAAGAAAAUGAGCAUGAAAAUCCGGCCAGCAAUCUCAUCAAGUGGUGCACAGGAACAAAUGCCUCAAUCAUUCUUUGAACCCAAAUCAUAG